AUGGAGCUGUUUGAGAAAGGCAACAUCAUAUACAUCAAGCGAAGCGAUGGCCGUAUCCAUACGGCGAUCGUUUCGCGGUUCCACGAAGCCACACGUUCCGUCACGGUCGAAUGGUACGAGCGGGGCGAAUCGAAGGGCAAAGAGAUCGAGAUCGAUAUGCUGCUCGAGCUGAACAAAAACAUCCAGCAUCAGCCACAACAGCACGUACCGGAACCGGUUGCGGAAGCGAGCAACGAGCGGGAAACGCCCGCACCGGCCAACCUAGCACGCCGUUCGAGUUCCGUCGAGGACGAAGAGGAUUCCCAGCCAGAACAAACGAAUCCGACCCAAGCAAUAAUACGCUACAACAAUAUAUUGAUGCAACGAGCCGAAUCGGGCAAAUCUGGACUACCGUCGGCAUACAAUCGGGCCACCAUCGUCACGGGACAGUCGAACCGUCCGGAGCAGUCCGGUGCCGGGCGUACAACCAAUGCCACGCGGAACAUUACCAACAGCAAUCACAACGCACGUUCUACUAUAUCCAACAACCGAACAGAACAAACAACGGAAUCCAGAACACAGCAAAAGGCACUGGGGAAAAUGUCUGUCAGUAGCAACGUCCAACAGCAGCAGCAGCAGCAGCAGGCGGCCGCACCAGCAGCAGCCCAGCUGAACGCGAACAAUGCGGUGGCCGGUUCGAUACCGCGCAAGUCAUCCUGCGUCGUGACGGUUGGCAUGAUGGAGGAGAACCGCAUCAAGCAGCGCGACAAGUUUAAGGAGAUGCGCGAAAAGAAGAAUGCGCUGAUGAACCUGGAUGGUGGUAACCCGAACUGGGAGUUCAUCAACAUGAUCCGGGAGUACCAGAGCACGAUCGACUUCCGGCCGCUGGUCGAGGGCCAACCGGUGGACGUACAUCAGAUAACGGUGUGCGUGCGAAAGCGACCGCUCAACCAGAAGGAGAUGACGCGCAAGGAGGUGGAUGUGGUGUGCAUACCGAACAAGAACACGCUGAUCGUGCACGAACCGAAAGCGAAGGUCGAUCUUACGAAGUACCUCGACAAUCAGAAGUUCCGGUUCGAUUAUACAUUCGACGAAACGUGCUCGAACGAGAUGGUUUACAUGUACGCGGCAAAACCAUUAGUCCAGGCUGUGUUCGAGGGCGCGAUGGCAACCUGUUUUGCGUACGGUCAGACUGGUUCUGGCAAGACGCAUACGAUGGGUGGCACAUUCAACGGACGCUCCCAGGACAGCAAGAACGGCAUCUAUGCGCUGGCGACCCGGGACAUCUUCGAGCUACUGCAAAGCCUUAAGUACAGGUCGAACAAUCUUGUCGUGUCGGCAAGCUUCUACGAGAUCUAUUGCGGCAAUGUCUUUGAUCUCCUGUCGAACAAGAACAAGGCGCGCGUUCUGGAGGAUGGCAAGAAACAGGUACAGGUGGUUGGCCUAUCGGAGAAGGAAGUUUUCUCGGUCGACGAGGUACAGGCCAUCAUCAGCAGUGGCAGCAACCUGCGAACAUCCGGUCAAACCGCUGCCAAUUCGAACUCGUCCCGUUCGCACGCCAUCUUCUCGCUCACGCUUCGCGUGAAGGGUAGCGCCAAGGUGCACGGCAAAUUUUCCUUCAUCGAUCUGGCCGGCAAUGAGCGUGGCGCGGACACCGUGUCCGAAGACAGGCGCACACGCUCGGAAAGUUCGGAAAUCAACAAAUCGCUGCUGUCGCUGAAGGAGUGCAUUCGUGCGCUCGGGCGCAAAAAGCAUCUGCCGUACCGUGGCAGCGUACUGACGAAGGUGCUGCGAGAUUCGUUCAUCGGCAAAAACAUUCGCACGUGCAUGAUUGCGAUGAUUGCGCCAGGGAUGACGUCGUGCGAACACACGCUGAAUACGCUCCGGUACGCCUACCGCGUGAAGGAGCUGGCUGUUAUCGAUCCGGACGAGCGGGUCGACCCGGAAGAGGAUCUGAUCGAAGGUGACGAACCGACCAAUGGCGGUGCGCACAACUUUAACGAUCUCGAACAGUUACGCUCACUCAACCAAAACGAAAUGACGCUGGAGUUGUACAAUCAGCAUAAGGCCAUAUCGGAUUUGCAGCAGAAGGAAGAGGAGGUACUGGAUAAUCAUCUGCGGGUAAACGAGUUUCUGGAAAAGUUCUUGCCCGAAACAAUGGAACUGUACAACCUCACGAACUUGGUGGACUACGAUCAAGAUGCCUACUGCAAGCGCGGAGAAGAGCUGUUCACGCAGCUUGCCGAAGUUGCCAACUCAUUCAAGGAUCUAAUGUCCGAGUUCCGUGCGAAACUGGCACAGGAGGAGAUGGUAUCGCAAGCAGCCAAAUUGAGCCAUCGCAAGUAA